AUGGCGCGGUCCAAGAACGGCUGCCUCAACAUCCUCGUCUGCGCCGGCUCCGGAUCCGAUCCCGCCGCCGGCUCCGACGCCGACGCCGAAGACCAUCCCGACGAGAACAAGGCCAUAUCAGAUAAAAGCAGAUGGAGCUUUCGUAGGAGGUCUACAAGGCAUCGAGUUUUGAAGAACUCUGAUAUCUCAGAACCUGAAACUCUUAGUUCCAGCAAAGCAAAGGCUGACAUUACACCGAGCAACAAUGUUUAUACUUCAACAUAUUCUUAUGCCUCGGAGAAGCCUCUGCAACAAGACAAGCCAGAUGAGAAGAUUCUGCAUCAAGAGAAGCCAGAGGGGAAGCCUCUGCAUCAAGAGAACUCUGAUGAAAAGCUGAUGGAGAAGCCAAUUGAAAAGCCUAUUGACAAACUUAUGGAAGAACCAGCUGACCAGAUAAUUGAAAAAUCAAUUGAACUACCUACUCAAAAGAUAACUGAAACACCAACUGAUGAGCCAGCCGAAAAAAUAAAUGAUGCACCAACUGAAGAACCAGCUGAAAAAAUAACAGAGACAGCAUCUGAAAAUACAGCUGAAGGGACAAUAGAAAAUGCAACAGAAGAGACACCCGAAAGGGCAGUUGAGGAACUAAUUGAGGAGCCAGACGAUAGUAUUUCUGUCUCGUCAACUGGGGUGAAGGAGGAAAACACCCCACUUGUGGAAGGAAGCUGUUCUGACCCUGAGGAAGAUCAUUUGGAGUCUGCAGCUACUAAUCUUCAGCCUGGCAGUGGCACUUGCAUUGCAAGGGAAGAGCUACUGAAUCAGAAGGAUCUGGUGAAACUACAGGCUGUUAUACGUGGACAUCUAGUUAGAAAGCAGGCUUCAGAAUCUUUACAAUGCUUGCUUGCGAUUAUUAAAAUUCAAGGGUUAAUCAGGGCUCAUCAAGCACAACAUUCACCAGGAAAGAUUCAGGAGACUAUUGUUCAUUCUUCAGGUGAGAAAUUGCUUCGCAAUGGAUUUGCUCUCAAGCUCGUGGACAACACGUCGACUUCAAAAUCCAUUCGCAUAAAAUGUGAUCCUUCAGAAUCUGAUGUUACAUGGGAAUGGAUGGAGAGGUGGACAGCCUUAAUUCCUCCAAUCACUGUGGAGCACCUGCCAGAGCAUGAAGAAAAUAGUGAGUUGAUGGGUGAAACUGUGACCGAACAAGUGACUGAACAUUCUCAGUGUGAUGAAGACAUUGUUCAGUUGGACUCAGACCUAUCUUUCCCCAAGUUGGUGGCUGAUGAUGUGAAAGAAACAGUAGAGACUUCUGAUUCUAGUGCCUUGGAGGCUCCUGCAAGUGUCCCAGAUGAAAGCCCUAAGAUGGAAAUGAAACAUGAUCCUGAAUCAGAGUUGAUCGAAACUACUAAUGUAGAUGCUGAGCAAGUAACUGACCAAAAGGCUGAAAAUGAUGUGGACGAGCCUUUUAUGUCCUUGGAUCAACAAUAUACCCAAGCUGAUGCAUCAAGGGAUCCCUGUCCACUUCCUGGAAAAUUUGAAUCAUCCAAUGAGGACAGCGGCGAUUCAUACAAUUCUGAGCAGACACAGGAGAUGGAAGGUAAAAGGUUUGUGGCGAGAAAGUCAUGCAAUCCAGCGUUUGCUGCUGCACAAUUGAAAUUUGAAGAGCUGAGUACCAAUUCGACAGUCAGCAGGUCCAACAGCUCAUCACAUCUGGAUGGGGUGAGCAAGUCAAGGGUGCACACUCCUAGUUCACAAGAAGAUUACUCGUCAAAGCAAGAUGGCACAGGCAUACAAGAAAGCUCAGUUGGUCAUGAUACUAAAAUGAUAGUUGCUGCAUCAGAAUGUGGGACUGAAAUAUCAAUUUCAUCCACACUGGACUCACCAGAUAGAUCAGAAGGUGAUGGUGGGGAGAUCGUGAUGGAGAUUGGAGCUCUGGAAAAUAGAAAAUAUGUCACUGACAAAGAUGAUAAAGACUCCAAUAUUGUCCAUUCUGAGGUAAAAAAUGCUCCUGAAGUAGAAGCCCAGCCGCAGAAGGAAGUAGAACAGAAUGGCCAUGUUCCUGUCCAUGUUGAACCAGAAAUGUCAGAUUUGCAUGAACGAUUGGAAAAAUCUGUCGCAUCUUAUGCCACACCUGAAGGAACUCCAAUGAGCCGAACAACCAUUCCGGAAUCUCAUGGAACACCAUCAAGUGAGGUCUCUGUUAAUACCAAAAAGAGCAGGAGCAAAAAGCCCAAGUCCCAUGCAAGCAAGAGGUCGCUAGCUAGUCCAGGCAGUGAGUCAGUUGGACGGAGCAGCACCGACAACUUCUCAAAGGAAUCAAGGCAUGCCAAGAGAGAGAACUCGAGCAAGGCUGCUAAAUCCGACCACGUCGACCAAGAACCUCGUAUGAGCAACAGCAACAGCAACCCGUUGCCGAGCUACAUGCAAUUUACAGAAUCUGCAAGAGCCAAGGCAUCGUCCCCGAAGAUGAGCCCAGAUGUGCAGGACAGCAACCCAAGGAAAAGGCAUUCAUUGCCCAUGACCAAGCACGACUCGCCACCUCGCAUGCAGCGAUCGUCAUCGCAGGCUCAGCAAAACGUGAAAAGCAAUGGCCCUGCUCCUCACAACGCAUCUGACAAGAGGUGGCAUAUCUGA